AUGUUUCUUCAAUUGCUAUCAUAUGUAGGAAUAGUGAUUGGAUUCCUAUUUCUUGUUUUGGCUAUAGCGUCUGGGCUAUAUUAUAUUUCAGAAUUGGUUGAAGAACAUUCAGAGCCAACGAAAAGAUUGUUGAAAAGGUUAAUUUUCAUUAUUAUGACUGUAUUUGUUUUACUUUGGUUAUUCGAUGGGUUUCCCUUUAAGUUGACGGCAUUUUCAUUAGCAUCAUGCUACGUUUAUCUACAAAAUUUGACUAAAUUCCCUUAUGUCCAGCUAACUUCUCCAGUGUUUCUAUUCUCCUGCGUAUUAGUAAUAGCGAAUCACACGUUAUGGUUUAGGCAUUUCCAUAACCCAUAUAUCCCACCGUUAGAAGUCAGACUAAGACCUGAUUAUGAACCACCAAGGAUUCCGUCUUUUGCAGAAGUUUGCUCUUUUUUUGGAUUGUGCGUAUGGCUUGUUCCAUUCGCGUUAUUCGUAAGUCUCAGUGUUAAUGACAAUUUGUUACCACACCAUAUUGAUAUAGCUGAUAGAAAUGAGAAGAAGAAGAGUGGCUUGGCAAAAGUUUUAGUAUCCAACAUGAGAGAGUUUGUUUACUCAGUGAGUAGAAAUUUGGGAUAUGAGUUGGAUCCCCACCAUGGUACAAUAGUAUAA